AUGAAGGAGGCAGAAAUGGUGUUGAAGAUGGGACGUCCAAUGGAUUUUGUGUUUUGCGAAACGAUUUUCUGUAACCUCUUGAGCCUCCUUGCGCUUCCCAUGCAUUUGGGGUGGGCGGCCGUGCGGUCAGUCGCAGGCAUCCCCGGGCCAUCGCGUACUAGGGUGGACCUACCUGCCGGUGGAUAUGAUCAGUGGUAUCCAGAGUCAAAAGACGCUAUGAAUCCCCGUCGGCUACAGCCGCAGCCGCAGCCGCAACGACCCGACUUGAGGAGGGGAGUCCUCGGGAGUCUUACUGCUGCGUCAGCUGCAGCGUACAACUUUCUCGCUCAUGACUACGAGUACAUGCCGGACCGAUACCGUGACGAAAAGGCCUAUCCCACUCGGUUAUCUCGGGCCGGCACCAGCAUUCGACUAGGAGCCCCGCGCGGCCGCAACAUUCUGCCGCUGAGACCAUCACCCAUCCGGAAGAGGACUUGGCAGAAGGACGGCAAUGGCGAGCUACGUCGCAAGUCGUUUGAAGACGCCCAGGACAUUCAGUACGAUGAAGGAGGAGGAGGCCGAGACCAGAACCCCUUUGGCGACUCCAAUGAGGCGGUCGGCCAGCAAGACGACAACGAAGACGACAACGAAGACAACGACGAUGAUGAACCUUUUUCAGUCUUCACAAAGAGACAAAAGUGGUCUAUUCUCAUCAUUAUUGCUUCGGCUGGUCUUUUCUCUGGAUUGUCGUCAAAUAUUUACAAUCCUUCCUUGGAUGCAAUUUCAAGGGAGUUGAUGGUGAGUGCAUCGCAAGUUUCACUUACAAUCACGUCUUACUUGAUCAUGCAAGCCGUUACACCGCUACUUUGGGGUCCGAUGUCUGACACGCUGGGUCGGAGGCCAACUUACAUCGCCUCUAUGGGUGUCUACAUUGGCGCCAAUAUCGCCUUAAGCUUCUCGCCCAACUAUGCGGUAUUACUCAUUUUCAGGGGGCUUCAGGCUGCAGGAAGUGCUUCCACUGUCAGUAUUGGUAAUGGUGUCAUCCAGGAUAUUUCACCGACUGCCGAGAGGGGUGCAUACAUCAGCUUCUAUCAAGCAAUUCGGAACUUCAGCACGGCAAUCGGGCCGGUGUUGGGCGGUGGUCUCGCCAACUCCUUGGGCUUUCGAUCCGUAUUCGUCUUCUUACUCGUCGCCUCGUCGCUAAUUCUCAUCACUAUCAUGGUCUUUCUACCAGAGACGUUGAGGACUAUAGCUGGCAACGGAUCACUUCGUCUAAACGGCGUUAUCUAUAAGCCCCUCUACAGAUAUGUGACGAAAGAGCCCAAGUACAUGGAAGAUCCGGAGGGACCUCUGAACCGAAAAAUGACCAUCUGGACCUUUCUGAGGCCCUUUAGACUAUUCAGAGAGAAAGACUUGGUGAUCAAUCUCGUCUGGGGUGGUGUGAUCUAUGCCAUCUGGAACAUGGUCACCACUAGCACGACGCCACUCUUCAAGGAGCGGUUCGGACUAAACGAGCUCCUUCUUGGUGUGGCCUUCUUGCCCAAUGGAAUUGGGACCAUUGUCGGCUCCGUGUUUGCGGGAAAGCUCCUGACUCGAGACUACAAAGCCGUCGAGGCCAAGUACAAGGAAGCCCAUAAUAUCUCUUUUGACGAGGAACUGUCGCCCAAAGACAUUGCUCCAGAUUUCCCUUUAGAGCAAGCCCGUCUGAGACGUCUGCCGUGGAUCGUCUCCCUAUUCGUUGCCUCCAUCGUCGGCUAUGGGUUUUCUCUGGCGUAUCCCACGGCAACAUCCCGGACUGGGUGGAUUGCGUUGCCCUUGACAAUGCAAUUCCUUAUCGCGGCCUCGGCAAAUGCAAUCUUCGCGAUGAACCAGACAAUCAUUUCGGAUCUUUGUCCUGGUGAAGGCGCGAGUGCCACGGCCAUCAACAACGUGGUCCGCUGCGGACUGGCGGCCCUCGGCGUAGCAUUUGCAGAGCAGAUGCUCAACGCUGUGGGUCCUGGCACGGCUUUCCUGGUCCUCGGGAUGGCGGUCAUCGCUGUAUCACCCAUUCAGGUUGUCAACCAAUUCUGGGGGCCCAAGUGGCGGGCUCAAAGAGAGAAGAGGAGGUCAAAGGUGGGUGUGGUGGAACACCAGGAUCGGCAGAAAGCCUAG